CAAAAUCCCGGUAGUAAUUGAAUAAAGACGGUUAACCCAUACAUUUGAGGUAUACACAGGUUUGAGUGCUCAGUAUGGAGCGCAUGGCAUUCCAAUGGGCUGCGAACAUGCCCCUGGUUACGAGGUGCUGGUGCAUAGCGUCUAUUGCUACAGCGGUGAUGAUUAGUGUCAAUUUGAUCAGCUUUGAGGACACUCUGUUCUCUUCACGGUUAGUGUGGAAGGACAAACAGGUAUGGCGGAUACCGCUAUCGUUAGCAUACGUGGGUGAUUUGGAUAUGAAUUUGUUCUAUUCGUUAUUGCAACUGGUCACUAUAUCAGGCGACUUGGAAGGUUCCCUCGAUAAUGCGUUUGAGUACGUCUGGUUAAUCGCCACUACGAGUCUCAUCCAAAUACUCGUUGAUACGAUACGCGGAAAGUAUUCCUCGUUGUCAUCUCAGAUACUCACCACUUUACUGUACUUCUGGGCAAAGAGAAGACCUGAUGCGGAGCUGAGAAUAUUGAUUGUGGUCGGUAUCAGAGCAUCUUACUACUGUCUGCUUUCAAUAUUGACAUACUUCUUCCUUGGAGACGAGAGACACCUUUUAAGCAUAGCGAUAGGACACGUAGUGUUCUAUUCUUACGAAAUUGCACCAAGUGUGCUCGGCAUAAACCCAUUGGCACCACCAUGGACUCAAGUCAAGCCUUUCCUAGAGGCAAGAGAACGUUGGAAAAAAUUGAGGGCAAUACGGGAACACAGGGAAUGAUAGUCAUAUAUAUAUGAUAUGUGUAUAUAUAUCUAAUGAAAAGUAAUGGAUUUGUUCAUGACAGAACUGGGGUAAGUAUCGUCGUAUUGGAUUCCAAAAUGCUCAUAAAACUUCCUAUCCAUCUCUGCAUCAGCUCCAAUCUCACUAUUCUGUGUAUGCAGCAUAGCGGCUAGGUGCUCAUCUCUCUGAUCCAUCUCUCCAAUGUCACUCUUUAGAAGAUUAAUAGUGAAUAGACUCAAAUUCAUAUCUUUCAACAUCUUGAACUUGUACAGGCUUCGUAUGUAGGGUUUCAACUCUGGUGAUAUCCACUCUAUGUUUGGAGUGAUCAGUGGUUCCCACUGUUGAACCCGUUCCACGUAAUGGCCAC